AUGAAACUUAAGCUUUUUCUAUCUUAGUCAGCUCAUUUUGAUUAUAUACAGAUAUUAAUUCAUAGAAAAUCAUAAUCAUUCCGAAGAAAAUGCUUAUUUUUUGUCAUUUUUAUCACAGAAUUUUAUUUUGAAAGACUUCAGCAAAUGUUUGUUUUAUUUUAUUUCUCAACUCGAUUUUAUGGGGUCUUCAAAUUUAAAAGGCGGCCAUUUUUUCAUGAAAAAUUAGCAAAAAGUGCGAUAUUUCAUGAAGAGUUAUAGCGAUGCUAUCCAUCCAUGACAGAUAAUACUAUGAGCACAGCAACGAAAGAAUCGUCAACAUUUAAAAUCGAAGGACGAGAAUCAAUACAUAAACGGAGAACAUCUAGAAACUCAAUGUCGAUUGAGAAUGGUAACUCUCGACAAAUUCUCGACCUCGGACACGACGCAGAAGACACGAAUAAUUCUCCAAGUUGUAGCACCAUUUACAAACAACAUGAUGUGUUGAUGAUUGACCAGACGAAUGGUAACAAUACAACAAACAAUCCUCUUUGUGAUGAGCCUACAAGUUCUGCAACACAUGACCAAGAAACGAAACAAUUAAAGGAACUCUUGAUCCUUCAUCUUGAUCUCAUUCAACAACAGCAAGAAUUGAUAAUCGCAAAAGAUCGACAAAUUGGGACACUGACAUCCGAUAAUAGCGCGUUAAAAUGUCGACUUGAGAGAAUGGAGCGUAGAAUGUCACUUUUAAAGCAACAGAACGGGAGAUCUGGUUCUAGAGACAGAUAUAGCCGCAAAUUCAUCCCUGAUGAGGCGGAUAUUAAACCAGUGAUUUCCCCUAAGGUGGAUAUAGAAGAUGAAGUACCAGAAACACCAGCUGAAGUUAAAGAGGCUGAAACUGAAAAUAAACCAUUAAAAAGGAAGUGUUCCACAACUCCAGAUCCACCUCCAAAGGUACUUAACAAAAAAUUUGCAGCUGCCUCCAAGAAAAAAGCCAUCAGCAGGCUCAGUCAGAACUUAAAGACAAAUCUACAAAACAAAAGAGGGUCCACUAAAUCUAGUAAAUUAGUGAGCUCCUCACUAAAAAAGAGUCAGUCUGUAGCUGCUCCAUCACCUCAGAAAUCCAGAUCUCAAAUGCCAGCCCGUCUCACUAGGGCUCAGACACAGGCGCCAUCUAAUGGCUUUAUUCACCCAGUGAAAAUCCAAUCUGAAACACUUCCUCAGGCUCGCAAUCAUGACUCAUUAUUCCAAACAGUGACUGAGAAAAUCAAAACUAAACUGAAGUGUAGGCCUAUAAAUGACUCAGAUAAAAUCCUCAGGACAGGGACAAUGUAUCAUGUAACACAGGAUAUACAACCUCAAUAUGUAUUGCUCAGCCCCAAGAAGUGCAACAGUAGAGUUGAAAUUCCCUCCUUCAGAAUCAAUCCAGUGGCAAACUGCUACACAUUAGAAGGUACAGAGAACCUUGAGGAUGAAAUCUUCCUUAAGCGCCAUCAAAAGCCAGAAACUGAUGAGAAACGAAGGAAAAGAUGGGAUAUGCAACGAAUACGGGAACAGAAAUUAUAUGAAAAAUUGAAAGAAGGAAGAUGUGGGUCUAAAUAUAGUUCAUCAAACUUUGUGAAGGAACAAAUAGAAACCUUCCAACCAGAGCCUGAAGAUGCUACUCACAUUGAAAUCACCAAUAAGAUUCCAGUUAAUGCAUUUGGCUAUCCUAUUCCAAGCCUCUCCCCAGGGGAGUUUUCACUACCAUGGUACAAAGUAAGCACACAAUCUCCUUCGACGAGCAGUUCAGCCAAGAAAUCGAAGUUAAAACUGAAGAGAAGGUGAAACUAUUACCUGGAUAAUUGGUUUCUCUUUUAUCACAUCAAACAGUAACAGGACAUAUGAUGUCACACAGCUGGUUCGUGUGAUGCCACACAACUGAUUGUGUGAUGUCAUACAGCUGACAUGAUGUCACAGUUAAAUAUAACUUACCACCAUUAUGACACCACCUGUUGUCAUGAAAUGAUUAGCUCUAUAUAUUAUUAGUGAAUACACUGAAUCAUCUUAAUUUAACAUUAACAUUGCUAAAUUCAAGUUAUCUGUUAAAGGUGCAUUAAUUUUACUGUUUAUCUACAAAAUACAGUUCAUCGAGCGAGAGAUGGUUAGCAAAUCAACAAUAGUGUAAAGCAACAAAUGUCUCAAAUACAAGUAUGCCAAUCCAUCUUUCACUGAUGUUAUGUUGCAUAUGAAUAUAUGGUAUCUACAACAGACUGCAGUUGACAUUUGAAACUAGUUAUUGAAGAUGAAAAUCUAAAAUGCGUCAAAUCAUUGAGUGAGAGAAUAGUUCUCAUUAUUUGUUCGGUGCAUGGGUAUUGAGUACAAGAUUGAUAUAUGGGUAGUUUACGAUUUAUAUGAUUACUGCAUACAAGUCUCAAACAUGUGUUGAGAAAGACUCAUACAAUUGAUGUGUGAACUCAAUUCUGAAUUUGCCAAAUAUACUAUAAUUAUCCUUUAUUAGUAUUAUACAUUAAAGUAGACACACUUUUGAUAUAUUUAUGAAGUAACCUGCAUUUAACAUUUAAGCUAAACAAUUGAUUUGAGACAGUAGAACAUGUUGUUUUGAAGUUCAAUGUAGACUACUAGUAUAGAACAUUGUCUCAUGUUAACACUGCCAUGAAACAAGUACAUUGAAAAAGUUUUCUUUCUUUGCUCUUUUAAAAACAAGUUAAAAUGUGGCAGUUUUAUAUUUUUUACUUUUAUUAAUACACAUUGUGCCUUUUUCUUAAAAAUCAAUCAGUUAUGACUUUAUUUCAGGGCAAUUCUUUGAUUUUUUCAUGUUACUCUAUCUGGCAACACAUUGGAAGAUAAUGUCUCUAUUUUCUUAACCCUUCAAAAACUUCUAUAUUUGAUUAUCUAUUUAAAUUUUUUCAGAAAGUCAAACAGGAGAAUUGGCAUGAUGUGUAAGGACGAUUAAGUUUUGCUAUUUUAUUUUGUUUAUCAGUUGGGAAGCGCCAUAAAAUCUGUGAAGGAUCUUAUUAGGCAUACUCCCUGAUGAAAAUGUUUAAUGACAAUAAGUUCAAUGUCAAGUUUGAAAGAAGUAGGUUUAAGUUAUUCACUUGUAAAACACUAAGAAUAAAUAUUGUUUUGUAAUAUAACACACUGUUAUGUAAUGUUUUCAAGU